AUGACCACCGGAUUCGACCCGAACACUGCGCAAAAUCUGGUUGAGAUUGAGAAACAGUUUGCCGUGAAAGCCGUCGAACAUGCCCAGACUUAUUGGAACCUCCUGGAGAAGGUGGACCCAUGCAACCUGAGGUUGACUAAGCUGGACGACGAGAUCUUCGAGCACAUAAAGUCCGAGUUCCCGGAGCUGGCAGAGGAGCCGUACGACACAGUCUUGAAGAUCGACGAGGAGUGGAUGAAGAGCGCCGAAGGCAAGGAGAGGUGGAGGAAAUUCAUGCAGGCGUACGAGAAAAAAGUCCAGGACUACAACUUCGGCUCACUGAUCCGCACGGACGCGCGCGGGGAGUACGACGAGAAGAACACAAUGUUUGUGACACGAAUGCAGUUCUAUGCCUAUGAGAUCGCACGCAACAGACUCGGCCUGAACGACGCCGCACACGCCAAGGCCAAGGCAGACGCCGAAAAGGAGAAGGCAAGGAAAGAGAAAGAACGGGAGGCAAAGAACAAGAAAAAGAAGUCGAACGGUAGAUAG